AAUGUCAGAACAGUACAGAUAUCCCCCAAAUGUCAGAAAAGUACAGAUAUCCCCCAAAUGUCAGGACAGUACAGAUAUCCCCCCCAUGACCCCCUGUCAGGACAGGACAGACAUCCCCCAAAUGUCAGGAAGUACAGAUAUCCCCAAAUGUCAGAACAGUACAGAUAUUUUUGUCAGGACAGGACAGAUAUCCCCCAAAUGUCAGAACAGUACAGAUAUCCCCCAAAUGUCAGGACAGUACAGAUAUCCCCCAAAUGUCAGGACAGACAGAUAUACCCCAAAUGUCAGAACAGUACAGAUAUCCCCAAAUGUCAGGACAGUACAGAUAUCCCCCAAAUGUCAGAACAGUACAGAUAUCCCCCAAAUG